CAAACUCACAUGUGACAAAAUGUCAAGCAUUUGUCAGUCCAGAAAACGUUCAAAAUUCACGUUAGAUCAAUACCACCCAGUCAAGUCAAAAUGCUCGUACCAUUCCAAAACACACUAUCCGCCCUACUGAAAUCCCAAAACCUAAUCUUUCCUGCGCAAGACCGCAGAAAAUCAUGGUGGUCAGACAUCCCCAUGGCCCCACCUGACAGCAUCUUCGGCCUAGUAGAAGCCUACAAAAAAGACCCCAGCCCCAAUAAAGUAAACCUAGUUGUAGGCGCCUACAGAGACGACAAUUCCCAGCCCUACAUCUUGCCCUGCGUCGUAAAAGCCGAACAGAAGAUCCACGCGAAGAAACCAAACAAGGAAUAUGGACCCAUACCAGGUUCCCCACAGUUCUGCAAAGCCGCUGUCGAGUUUGCUUUAGGCAAAGACAAUGAGUUGAUCAAGAACGGUCUGAAUGCCACAGUGCAGACACUGUCUGGAACGGGAGCUCUGUCUCUGUUCGGGACAUUCGCGAAAGGUUUCUUUCCUGGAGAGAAAAUCAUCUACAUGCCGCAGCCCACUUGGGGCAACCACGGCUCUAUUUUCAAACUGGCUGGUUUCGCCACCAAAGAGUACAAGUACUUCGACAGUAAGACGCAUUUGCUGGACUACGACGGGCUGCUGCUCAGCCUCUGCGAGCUGCCUGAUCGCUCGAUGGUUCUCUUUCAUGGUUGUGCGCAUAAUCCUACGGGGGUGGAUCCUGGGAAAGAGCAGUGGAAGGAGAUAUCGCAGCUGGCGAAGGAGAAGCACUUUUUUCCUGUUUUCGAUUUGGCUUACCAGGGGUUCGCUACAGGGGAUCCGGAUAAUGAUGCUUUCGCUGUUCGCCAGUUUGUCAAAGACGGGCACAGGUUGGUAAGAAUGUGGUGA